GGUACGUACCGGUUUGUCAGAUCUCUUCUGGACGUCUUCUGGCAAUGCUUGGAGGAUGGCCACAGUACUGUACAGUACUGUAGGCUUGUCCUGGUUGGGUAGGUAAAAACAGUCGGUUCCCGAGACGGGACCGUGCGUGACUUCGUUCUCGUUUCAUUCCCAUGUGCUGCUCUCGCGUUCUCGCUUUGGGUCUGCCGAAGGCCGAAGGUCGAAGAGCACCACCAUGGUAAUGGUCUGGCUUCCAACCCCACAAGCACCGUCAACCACCACUCUUGUUCAUCAUCUCCAGAGAAAUCUCUUUGUAUCUGCAUUCAAUAACUCCAGGGUUGUUUGUUGCUUGUGUAUUCAUGGACAACGACAACGCUCAGCGUGCUUCCCAAGACCGUACCCAGAAAACCGAUACUUCUCAGACCCCACAACUGCUACUAGCUAGCUAGCACAGUGCCUUCUGUGCGUUGGAUUCCAUACAGUACCACUCUUUCCAUCCUCAUGUUCUGCUGAAAGUGGCUAUCACUCUCGCUACCAGUAGCUGCCUUACAUAAUAGCGCUGUCCAAGACCGCAACGAUGCCGUCUUCGUCGUCGCGUCCCAGCAAAGAGACUCUGUCAGAAAAGCUGGCAAGUGGUCCCUACCAUGGCGACCACAACAAGAGAAAGUCGACACGAAAACGAAAUUCCUUGACGAGUGAAACAAAUCAUACAACUAGCACCGCAGCGAGCAGCACCGUAGCGAGCAGUUCGGCCCCCUCUGUCAAUGCUCCCAUCAGCCCACAACACACACCCAAACGAAGCAGCCUGGAUAGUUCCAGUGUUUCGACGUCCACUCCACCACCGGAUGGCAAGAGUCGAACACGAAGAAGACGGGUGUCUGUUGAUGCAUCGGAAGAAAAAAAGAAAGAAGAGGACCACAAUCCACCAAAAGCCGCCAAAACAGGAAUUUCCGUAUUUGCCAACCUGGUGAAUGAUUCCUGGGAAGAAAGGAUAAAAGAUUCGCAAGAAGCCUCGUCUAGUAGGCUGCAAGAAGAAGAACGACAAUCCAAACGAGGGACCCGAACCAGACGCAGCAGCACAUCCAAUCGAGCCGAAGCCGCCAUGGCCUCAUCGAGUCACCGAUCGUCUUCGACCAGCCGACGCCGGUCCAAGAGCGCCUCCAAGCUCAUGGGGGAUGACAGCAAACUGCUAGCAUCACCGUCAUCCUCUGGUCGUAGAAGAAGAAUAUCGACAAGAGACAGCAGCAACGGCAAAACCAAAAAGAAAUCCUCCUCCAAAUCGAAAAAGGGACAAAGCAGUGACAAGCAGUCCUUGACUUCCUUUAUGCAAAAUGAGAAUUCCAGUCGACCCCCAGAGACGGAAGAAAUGUUGGAAGUUCGAAGUGCCUAUACCAGCAUUUCACGAUCCCGCAAUCGAAACAAAACCCCCGUGGCGAGUAGCCUGAAUUUGUCCUAUCACGGUGGAGAAAGUGCAGUGCGCAAUACACGAACCUACCGCGAAAUGACCCGGAGUCGAUCCAGCAGUCGAACACGCAGCAGACAAAACAACAUUGAGGAUGCUUUGAAUAGCAGUGGAUCCUUUCGAGAAGAAGAUGAUGCCUUUUGCUUCCAAGACAGCGUCUCCUUGGGCGGAACCGUCCAGUCUGAAGGAGGAGAAGGACGAUCCUUCCGUCGAAGUCUCUCAGACGACCCACAGCAGCGACCGGGAGGGAGCUUGCACCAGCUUCACAAUCAUCACCAAAGCUCGCAGCACCAAUUUCGACAAAGUUUUUCCAGUUUGCCCGUCUUGCCAGAGGAAUCUAAAAGAUCCAGAAAAUCCAAGAUAUCGUCAUCCAAAUCAUCAUCACGCAAGUCCAAAAAGAGUGCUGGCAGCAUAUCAACACAAGAGCUUUCCGAAUUUUUAAAUCAAUGCAAUUCACGGCGCAAGAAGGAGCCAGAAGACACAUCCAAGGGAAAUUCAGACUUGUCAUCUCCAAUGAGCGGUGAUCGAAGUUGCGUAUCCAUGCCCGCCAAUUUUGCCAAAGAAAAGAAAUCGCGCAAGUCAUCCUCCAAGAAUGGUAGUGUUUCAAUGAUCAAGGCACCUCCUCUCUCCAAGGCACAAACUUCAAAGCAGGUCAGCCCGAGCGACCAUGCACUAGCAACUUCGGGGCGUCUUGUGGAAAAACAGACAGAAAAGACAGAUCGAGCAAGGUCGCGAAGUACCAGACGCAGUAGUAGCAGUCGACAGCAUCGAGGUAGCACUGGCAACACCAGCAAGACUACCAGGGAGGACAAACCAAAGUCGACAACCGAUGAACUCAGUGAGUCUAUGAAAGAAGCAGCCAGACAACGAUCCAAAAGUGUGAACAAAGGACCUGCAAAGAGGAAAGAAAAGGGAGAGAACUCCAGAACCAGGUCUCUUUCUCGUUCACGAAACUCUGAUAUGGAUAUGAGUAGAUCUGAGCAAGGUCGUGAAAAAUCCAACAACAGCAACAAACAGUCAGACGCUCGCAAACAAAGACCCAAGAAUUUUCAGAAACUGUUUUCAAUCCGCGACCUCACACAAGGUGAUCCCGAUAACGAUACUGGCAGUCAAAGUCAAGAGAGGACAUCGUUAUCGUCCGUUCCUUCACAGCCGGAGUCACUGCUCAAGACACCCGUCACAACACAAAGGGCCACUUUAGGGCGAAGUAGCAUUGAUGAUGCUGACCUCACACUGACGCCCCCUCCACCUUUGACGCCAUACUCUCCUUGCAACAGUGCUCAUAGUCGUGGGGGGUUUGACGGGCCCUCCAAGAAGAAACUCCAUGAUCUAGCUCGAAUUCACCGGGCUUCGAUUCCCUCCCGAAAGAACCAACACCUUUACGACUCGACAGAUGAAGACACCAACGAGAGACAGGACCCGCCUUCUCCAAAGCAACCCGUAUCUAUAUUGAAGAAUAAAACUGAGUCUGGUAUUCAGCCGAGCGGUGACAACACAGAAGAAUCAGGUACAGUGCAGCAGCUGGCUCUCCGUCUGGAUGCUGAGGAGAUCCUCGACUUUGAAGCUGAACUCGGUUUUACAGAAGACGUGUUCAGUCACUAUUCAUGGUAUAGUAACGACAUGGCUUCGAUCGAUGCAUUGGAGGCCACCAAACCGGAACGUGACAGAUUGAAAGCUGCUAUACGGGAGUCUCAUCUCUACAGCGCCUUUGAGAAUCUAGUAGAAGAUUGGUGCUAACAUUCUAGCCUUGCAAAAUAUUAUACUAGUAU